AUGAUACCAUAUUGGCUGGUCACGCUUCUUAUUCCUUUAUAUGUGCAUUCGCAACUUCAUUACUGUGAACAACCUGCAUCAGAAGUUUGUCCUGUUAGUCGGUGCACUUCACCAACGGACUUAUGUAUCUCCACGAAGGAAGGCAAAGUCUGCUGCAAUAGAGAUAAAGUUAGAGUUUUGGUAGCUCCGUCAGGAGCGAGUGGAGAAGACCUUUCAAACGCCAACACUUUUUCAACUACAGCAUGCGUUCCUACGAGUUCAAAUCCAUGCAAAGCUUACAGUCUUUAUGAGGCGUACAUGAUUAAAAUGCAAAAAUUCUCGAAAACACUCAAGUUGGUCGAGUUUUUUUUUUCGCGAUUUACUGACAGAAGUGCACUUAAGUUAGAUCAGUAG